GGGGGACGCUAUCCACCAAUGUUUUGGUUCCUGGUGGUGACGUAACACAUAAAAACAUGGUUCCCUUGUUUUGGACCUGUGAAGCGUGCUACGUGCUAUGCACUGAGAUGCUGUUUCAAGGCUGAAAGAGUGGAAGAGACUCUCUUACAGCAGGCGAUGACUCAGGCCGAGGAAAGGUGUGCGGAGUCCGGCCGCCGGCUGCGUUCCAUUUGCCGGCAGCUGUACGAUGAGAACGAGGACCUGUCCGACGUGGAGGAGAUGGUCAACAUCCGAGGAUUCAGCGUGGAGGACAAGCUUGCCAGCGCUAACUACGCCGCAAACUUUGUGCAUUUCAUGGAAGCUAAAGAUUUCACUUAUGAAUAUGUGCAAAGGGAGGCACUACAAGUUCCACUCAUUUUCAAAGAGAAAGAAGGACUUGGCAUCAUAAUGCCCGAUCCGGAAUUCACAGUGUCGGAAAUUAAAGGCUUAGUCGGCAGCCGUCGCUCAGUGGACGUGAUGGACGUGAGCACGCAGAAAGGCUCGGAAAUGAGCAUGGCUCAGUUUGUGCGCUACUACGAGACGCCGGAGGAAGAGCGUGACAAACUGUUCAAUGUCAUCAGCUUGGAAUUCAGCCACACCAAGCUGGAGAACCUUAUCAAGAGACCCACUGUGGUCGAUCAGGUGGACUGGGUGGACAACAUGUGGCCGUCUUAUCUGAAGCAGAGCCAAACGGAAGGGACCAACGUCAUCUCGGAGAUGAAAUAUCCUAAAGUGCAAAGGUAUUGUUUGAUGAGUGUGAAGGGCUGCUAUACAGACUUCCACAUUGAUUUUGGUGGGACAUCCGUGUGGUAUCAUGUCUUCAAAGGGCAAAAAGUGUUCUGGCUGGUGCCCCCGACACUUCACAACCUGGCCCUGUACGAGGACUGGGUGCUGUCGGGUAAGCAGAGCGACAUUUUCCUGGGAGAUCGCGCCGACGGAUGCCAGAGAGUGGAGCUCAAGCAGGGAUACACCUUUUUCAUCCCCUCGGGCUGGAUCCAUGCGGUUUACACUCCCGAGGACACGCUGGUCUUCGGCGGAAACAUCUUGCAUAGCUUUAACAUUCCCAUGCAACUCACCAUCCACGAGAUCGAGAACCGUACCAAGGUUAACUCCAAGUUCCGCUUCCCUUUCUACUAUGAGAUGUGUUGGUACGUCCUGGAGAGAUACAUGUACUGCCUGACCAAACGGUCCUACCUUUCUCAGGAGAUCCAGAAGGAGCCUUUACUUACGGGUCAGCACAAUCACGCUUAUUAUGAGACUAAAGUCCACAUGGGGAGCCCCUGCUCUGACUCAAGAAGUCAGGACAUGAACGAGGACUGGUCCGAUUCACAGCUCAGGGAUGACCCGUGCGAAAAACCAGAAGUGGUUUCCAACCAGCAAUGCCCCAAAGCUAUGUUGUCCGCCUACUCGGAGGAAAGCUUCUAUCCCAUCUCCACUGCGGAUAUCCCAUCUGAAUCGCCGACCGUGGAAUCGCACAAUAAGUGGAUUCAUCUGACAGAAUUUGAAAUCAACGGGCUGAAGAGGCUGGUGGAAAAGCUGGAGUCUCUCCCCGAGCAUAAGAGAGAAGUUCCGGAGGGAUUGGAGAACCCGCUUGGCCUGCUGGAGGACAUGAAGGUUGUUUUAAAGGAACAUGCUGAUGAUGACCCAAAGUUAGCCAUCACUGGACUUCCAGUUGUUUUCUGGCCAAAGAAAACCAUGAAGGCUCGACCUCCCCACCGACCCAAGCCCAAGAUGGCGACGUCCCCGGCGUCAGCCCUCAAGGUUCCGGCUGGUCGCGGAGGCGGAGGGACGUCGAGCGCCAGGAGAAGGCGGACUCGUUGUCGCAAGUGCGAGGCCUGCUUGCGGACCGAGUGUGGCGAGUGCCACUUCUGCAAGGACAUGAAGAAGUUUGGCGGGCCGGGUCGCAUGAAGCAGUCGUGCAUCAUGAGGCAGUGCAUCGCGCCGGUGCUGCCGCACACGGCAGUGUGUGUGGUUUGCGGAGAAGCGGGCAAGGAGGACACCGUGGAAGAGGACGAGGAAAAGUUCCAGCUGAUGCUGAUGGAAUGUUCCAUCUGCAACGAAAUUGUACAUCCUCACUGUUUAAAGGUGAAAGAUUCCAGCGGUGUCGUCAACGACGAGCUACCUAACUGCUGGGAGUGUCCCACAUGUAACCACGCUGGAAAAACAGGCAAAGCCUCAAAGCAAAAAAGAGGUCCAGGGUUCAAGUACGCAUCGAACCUCCCGGGCUCGUUGCUGAAAGAGGCCCGUCCUUUCCGGGAAGUCAAGGAGGAGCCCGACGCAGCCUCGCCUUCGCCGACGACCUUUGGCGCCAAGAGAAAAGCCGAACGAGAUGAAGAGCUUCCCAAGAAGCGACCCCCGCUGCUGUCUCUGGAUGGCUCGCCUCGGCCGAGACUGGAGGAAAACCCUCUCCGGAAGAAGAGGAUGCUGUUUGACACGCAAGACGAACCUGUUGAUGUCAAAAGGAAGUUCUCAAAACUGGACCAACCGCUAGCUGCCAAACUCCUACGACACAUCAAGACAGAGAACGACCUCGGCGAGUACGAGGAUGACCUGGAAGACAGAUUCUCUUUGCAUAGAAUCCACUUCAAGGCCAAGAAGGAGUUGGACAGCCGAGAGGAAGACGACGGUAAGGAGGGAGAAAAAGACAAUUACAGCAAGAUAGAGGACAAAUCCAAAGUGCUCGUGAGUCCUCUGAGGAGAACUGGGGCAGGCGGGGAGAAUGAGCAGACGUCCAAAAAGGUGUCAGGAGCAGGACCCAGUGGCGAGGAGGCUGAGGAGAGGACCUCCCAGUUGUCACCAACCAAUAAACACAUCUUGAAAGGCUCGCAUCAACGCAGACGCCUGCUCAAGACCGAAGACGGCGCCAACCACCAGAACAGCCUGGCCAACCAGGUUCAAAGUCAGCCAAAGACAGAGGACGGCGCCGCCAAAAGGGAAGAGGCCACCAAUCAAAACAGAAAGACGGUCAGAUCGGCGGAGCUCCCAUCAAUUCAGAACCACAGGCCGCUCAAGGUGGAGCCUGAAAACGACGUGGCGGCGUCCGACCCAAGAUGGCCUCUGAACAACGGCAGCGGGGACCUCGGAGGCUGGAUGCGACACAGGCGGGAGGCCAACGGGACGGCGCGGCGCCUUUUUCCGCUCACCUGCAAUCGUAAUGCUCCGGUCGCGCCGCUGGCACCACGACCGCUGCCCUGCCGCUCGCCGCCCAAAUGCGUCCAAAUGGAGCGCCAUGUCAUCAGACCGCCUCCCAUCAGCCCACCGCCCGACCGGCUUCCCCUGAACGACGGCCUGGAACACGCCAUGCAGCGCGAGGCCUGGAUGUCCGUCUUCAGUCACUUGGCGCUCAAGGAUCUCUGUGUGUGUAUGCGCGUGUGCAGGACGUGGAACCGAUGGUGCUGUGACAAGAGGCUGUGGAAGCGCAUCAAUCUGAACCGCUGCAAGUCUAUCACGCCUCUCAUGCUGAGCGGGAUUAUCCGGAGGCAGCCGGUUGCUCUGGACCUGAGCUGGACCAACAUCUCCAAGAAGCAACUCAGCUGGCUCAUCAACAGACUGCCAGGUUUGCGGGUGCUGUUGUUGUCAGGGUGUUCGUGGGUGGCCGUCUCGGCUCUCUGCACCUCCUGCUGUCCUCUCCUGCGAACGCUGGACGUUCAAUGGGUGGAGGGACUGAAAGACGCCCAGAUGAAGGAUCUGCUCUCCCCGACAACCGAUAAUAGGCCAGGCCAGCUCGACAACCGUAGCAAGCUGCGCAACGUGGAGGACCUCCGUCUGGCCGGCUUGGACGUCACCGACGCCACACUGCGCCUCAUUAUCCGCCACAUGGCUGCGCUGUCCAAGCUGGACCUCAGCUACUGCAACCACGUCACGGACCAGUCUGUCAACAUUCUGACCGCCGCCGGGACCACCACCCGGGAUUCCCUGACCGAUGUUAACCUCUCAGUGUGCAACAGGGUGACCGACCAGUCGCUGACCUACUUCAAGCGCUGCGGCAGCAUCCGCCGCAUCGACCUGCGCUUCUGCAAGCAGGUGAGCAGGGAAGGCUGCCAGCGCUUCGUGGCCGAGAUGUCCGUCAGCGUUCAGUUCGAGCUGAUCGACGACAAACUGCUGCAGAGGAUCAAACCUGCUGCCGCUGCCUGCGAUUAAGGUGCUGCUCCACACAGGGGCGCCAAACCACCACCAUAAGAGGAACAGGAAGAAGAGGGUUGCAGUACCGUGAGUUGUCUCCUCUUGCCAACUACUGAGCCAGAAUGUAAAAAAAAAAAAAAAAAAAAUACAGUUCUUGUCAAAA